UAUUUUGAAUUACAUUUGUUAUAGAAAGUGAGUAAUUUUCUUUCCUCUGUUGUGUCUUCAGUAAAGAGAUCUAGAUGGAACUGAUUGAAAAUUUUGUUGAGUUUAAAAUGAAUACUUCUGGAACUUAGUUAGAUGUUCUGUGUAUCAAUCCUUUAAGAUUCUAGGGGAGAUUUAAAAAAAACUUAGAUAUUCUUUCUGCAAGGAUUUAAAUGCAUUUUCAUUUUCAAGUAGCAGUCCACUGUUAGGAGUCUAAGGUAAAAUCAAGCAGUUCAACGUAUUUUGGAGUAUGAUAUUGUACUUUCGAAGACUAUCUUCUUUACCCUCCUGGGGGAAUCUUGAGGGAUAUCCUUGUACUUGGUCUUACGUGUGAAGUGAGUAUCUCUGAAGUAGGGAACUCAGAACUUCAUAUUGGCAUUAGCUCUUGAUAUUAAAUGAUAAAGUGCUAACCAUUGAAUAUGAUUUGAGUAAUCUUGUGUUAACACUGUAUAGGAGCUCAGUAUGAAUGGGAGAAGAGGCACCUUUACCAUCCAAUCUUGGGUGGCUAUAACCCAUGUAUAGAGAUCAUUGAACAGCCCAGGCAGAGGGGCAUGCGUUUUAGAUACAAAUGUGAAGGGAGAUCAGCAGGCAGCAUUCCAGGGGAGCACAGCACAGACAACAACCGGACAUACCCAUCUAUCCAGAUUAUGAACUAUUAUGGAAAAGGAAAAGUGAGAAUUACAUUAGUAACAAAGAACGACCCAUAUAAACCUCAUCCUCAUGAUUUAGUAGGAAAAGACUGCAGAGAUGGCUACUAUGAAGCAGAAUUUGGACAAGAACGCAGACCCUUGUUUUUUCAAAAUUUGGGUAUUCGUUGUGUGAAGAAAAAAGAAGUAAAAGAAGCUAUUACUUCAAGAAUAAGGGCAGGAAUCAAUCCAUUCAAUGUCCCAGAACAGCAGGUGUUUGAUACCGAAGAUUGUGACCUCAAUGUGGUGAGAUUAUGUUUUCAAGUUUUCCUCCCCGAUGAACAUGGUAAUUUGACAAUGGCUCUACCUCCUGUUGUCUCUAACCCAAUUUAUGACAACCGUGCUCCUAAUACUGCAGAAUUAAGGAUUUGUCGUGUAAACAAGAACUGCGGAAGUGUCAGAGGCGGCGAUGAAAUAUUUCUACUAUGUGAUAAAGUUCAGAAAGAUGAUAUAGAAGUUCGGUUUGUAUUGAACGACUGGGAAGCAAAAGGUAUCUUUUCACAAGCUGAUGUACACCGUCAAGUAGCCAUUGUUUUUAAGACUCCACCAUAUUGCAGAGCGAUAACAGAACCAGUGACAGUAAAAAUGCAGUUGCGGAGACCUUCUGACCAGGAAGUUAGUGAAUCUAUGGAUUUUAGAUAUCUGCCAGAUGAAAAAGAUACUUAUGGCAAUAAAGCAAAGAAACAAAAAACAACUCUACUUUUCCAGAAACUGUGGCAAGAUUGUGCAGUUAAUUUUCCUGAAAGACCUAGACCUGUUACCCUAGGAUCAACUGGAGAAGGAAGAUUCAUCAAAAAAGAAUCAAACUUUUCUCAUGGUGCAGUUUUGACAGAAAUACCCAGGACUUCCGGCAUUUCAAGUCAAGGAGAUUCCUACUAUCCCUCACCUGCGUCCAUCUCAAAUGCACUGUCACAGCAUACUCCACCCAUACCUUCAAUGGUGUCUCCACCUUCUUCAAGCUGGUCAGGUGGGGCCCAGCCUACCUCGCGCGCAGUUAGUACGAAUCCACUGAGUGGUUUUUCAACAGGGACACUUUCCUCUCAUCCACAAGGUAUCUCGCAAUAUCUGGAAAUGUCUCUUGAGAGUGAUCUGAAUGCCUCUAAUGCUUGUAUUUAUAACAAUGCAAAUGACAUAGGCAGAAUGGAAGCACCAUCCAUGUCACCAGCUGAUUUAUAUGGUAUUUCUGAUGGCAACCUGCUGCCGAAUUGCCCUAUGAAUAUGAUGACACCUAGUAGUGACAGCAUGAGGGAGAAUGAUAAUCCGAGACUUGUGAGCAUGAAUCUCGAAAACCCCUCAUGUAAUUCAGUGUUAGACCCAAGAGACUUGAGACAGCUCCAUCAGAUGUCCUCUCCCGGUAUGCCAGCCGGCGCUGGUUCCAGUACGGCUGCUUUUGUUCCACAGCCAGAGGCAUUUGAGAGAUCUGACUUCAACUGUACAGAUAACAGUAUGAUAAAUGAGUCAGGACCAUCAAAUGGUACUAAUCCAAACAGUCAUGGUUUUGUUCAUAGUCAGUAUUCUAGUAUUGGCACUAUGCAGAAUGAGCAAUUAAGUGACUCAUUUGCAUUUGAUUUUUUUCAAGGUAAUUUGUAAAACUUAAAUGGUUGUUUGGGUAUAUUGAAUUCAAAGCUGGAAAGUAUCCUAUAGGGAAAUUCUGAAAUAGAAAUUUAAGAGGACAUAACUGUUUCUUCUUUUUGAAACAUGUGACCUGAUACUGUGCGCAGGGAAUUCUGUCUUUGAGGAGAAAAUGAGAGCAAGGCUCCAAUUCUUCCAAAUAUACCUUUUUAUACUUUUUUUAUAUGGUGUUAAUGUGUUCUUAGUUAAAUGAAUUAACUGAUAUUUGCUUUGAAGCAAAUUUAAGGUAAAACCUGUAAUGACUGUGUCAUUAGAAAAAUGAUUUCAUUAUUAUUUUUGAGACCCAUAGGCCAAGGUGACCCCUAAGGGGUUUUCUGAGGCUUCUUGGAGUUUCUUAGAGUUACUUAUAAGUCAAGAAUUUUUAAAUCUUUAAGAAUCUAACUUGACAGGGGGCGCCUGGGUGGCUCAGUCAGUGAAGCAUCUGCCUUUGGCUCGCUCGGGUCAU